GACCAGUAACCGACCAGCAGGGACCUGGGGGCCUCGGGGGUCCCAUGGAGCCGCUUGCUCCAUCUCCGGGCCCCGUGGCCGCGCUGACAGUCAUGGACCCCUCGGUGACCCUCUGGCAGUUCCUGCUGCAGCUGCUGGAGCAGCAGAGCAACGGGCACCUGAUCGCCUGGACGUCGGACGACGGCGAGUUCAAGCUGGUGGACGCCGAGGAGGUGGCCCGGCUCUGGGGGCUGCGUAAGAACAAAACCAACAUGAACUACGACAAGCUCAGCCGCGCCCUGCGCUACUAUUACGACAAGAACAUCAUCCGGAAGGUCAACGGGCAGAAGUUUGUCUAUAAAUUUGUCUCGUACCCAGAGCCGGCCGGCGUGGAGGGGGCCCGGGAGGAAGGGACGCUCCGGCGGGUGGAGCCGGCGCUCGCCGAGUCUCGGCUGGGGGAGGGGAGCUCUGGGCCCCCCAAGUCCUUGCGUGGGGGGGGUGUCCCCCGGAGUAGCCGUAACGAGUACAUGCGCUCGGGUCUGUACUCCACCUUCACCAUCCAGUCGCUGCAGGCGGCCCCCCCCGGGCGAGCGCCCCGCCAGGACCCCCCAGCACUCUGCAGCGAGCCCCCGGACCUUCUUGACCUGGCCCCUGGGAAGAUGGAGGAGAUUCCCCAGCUGGAGAUCAGCAUUGAAGGAGCAGAUGAGAGCGAAGACCUGCAGGUCUUUGUGGGGCCGGAGCCCCUGGAUGCAGAGCGCCGCCCCCCAGAGACGACGCCUCCACAGGACCCGGGGCUGCGGCCGGUGGUGGUGAAAGUGGAGGCGCAGGGGGAUGCGGAGGGGUCCCCGGUCCUGGUUUUGAUCGACUCGGGGGUGAAGCAGGAAGCCCCACCUGCCGAAGAGACUCCCAGGGGGACAGAGGCAGAGCUCCCAGCAGGGGAGGGGCUUCAGGAGGAGAAAGGGGAGGGAGUGCCUGGGGGGGCCCCCAGCGAGGGGCACGGCCCAAAGGGGCGGAAGCCCAAGGACCUGGCGCUGCCCUCCCUGCCCGGGCAGGAGAAGAUCAGCGCGGCCGGCGGCUCCCUGUUGGCGCCCAGUGGGGGAGCAGGCAGCGGGCUGACGCCCACCACCGUGAUCUCCACGCACGCACUAGUGAGCAGCUAUGGGGCGGGGGGAGGCCUUGGGCAUAGGGGGAGGACUGUGGCCACCAUCCCAACACAGCCCGCCAACUCUCCUCUCCAGUUUCCCUCUAACUCUGGUGGGCAAAUCCACAUCCCCUCGCUGAGCGUGGACGGACUCUCCACUCCGGUCGUUCUGUCCCCGGGGCCCCAGAAGCCGUGAGUCCAGACGUCUGUCCGUCUCUCUCCACUGCUGGUGGAGCUGGCUGGGGGAGCGCCCGUUGCACACCUGGAUUCUUGACCCAGCCCUGCGGGACUCUUUACCAGGGCAGCUGGAUACAGCUGUGUCCUGCUUUGGACCGAGAGCCCUGCUUGGUGUCAGCGGUGGGAUGCACGUGCUGGCUUGUUUCAAAUGGCAGCCGGAGCACGCAGACAUUUCGCCCCUAGGGGGCGCAGUGUGGGACAUUCCCCUUGUUCCUCACUCGGCCUUGACCCCCCCCAGGGUCUUGCAGCUCUGACCCCAUUUUUCUGGGGUCGUUGUGUUUAAUCCCAGCCCAGGUGGCUCGGGGUGUAUUUCCGACAUGGAAGGAUAUGUCCCUCGGGGACUGAGGUGUGGUUCGGCCGCGAGUUGUGGGGCUGAUUUUAUUUACUACCCAGGGCCUCUUGGCCCUGGUUUGAAACCCUCUGUUGGUGGCCUUUGUCAGCCUCCCCGUAGCCCCUCUUUGUGCGGGCUCUGCGUCGGCCAUCUUUAUUUCGAGAGGGUAGCCGCGUCGGCCAUCUUGGUUUGCUGACAUCACACCCGCUGCUCAUCCCCGUGGGUCGGGUGGAGGAAGAAGUCCUGCUCUUCGCUUCUUGUUUCUUGAUUUACUUCCUGGAGGUCAAAGGUCAUCUCGAGUUGCCAUACAAGCGGCAGGCAGAGGAAGUCCCGCCCUAAUUCCCUCCUGUAGGUUGAAGGUUGCCUGUUCGUCACCAUGGAAACGGCCGGGAGGGAAGUCCCACCUGCUGAUUUCAGGGGCUGGUUCCCUCCUUGCAAAGCCUGUUUCCUUGAUUUAUUUCCUGACGAUCAAAGGUCACCGUGGAACUGGCCGCAGGGGAGUCCCAUGCCUCACCCCUUUCGUAGGGAGGGUUCCUUCAUUUGUCUCCCAUUUGUUGCCUGGGAAGUGAAGUCCCGCCUUUUGAGGACAGUCGUCAGGGGCUCCCUUGACUUCCUGCUGGCCCACGAAUUCUGCAAAGGAGGAAGUUCUGCCCCGUUUCCACUCUGCUAUUUCCUGUUCAAAGUGCGCUGAUUCUGGGGAAGUGCCGAAGGAGGACAUCCCACCUUAUUAACCUCUCAUCUACUUCCUGCGAAUCAAAGGCCACUUUAUUCUGUGGACGGGGCAAAGAAGGAAGUCCCGCCUUAUUAACCUCUCAUCUACUUCCUGCGAAUUAAAGGCCACCAAUUCUGUGAACGGGGCAAAGAAGGAAGUCCCGCCUUAUUAAUGUCUCAUCUACUUCCUGUGAGUCAAAGGCCACCUAUUCUGUGGACGGGGCAAAGAAGGAAGUCCCGCCCUUCUCACUGCUGUUGACAUCCUGUUAGUCCCACAGGGCCUGCACUGCAUCAUACGGGAAAGGGCUGCCUUGUCGUCUUGUUUUGAUACCAAAAUUUUCCGGGGCUGUGAGCUUCUUGCUUAAGAUAUAGAUUUAUAUUUUUGUGGGGCCAUCCCAAGGGGCUGAAAUACCCGAAUGUCAUUUCUUUAGCGCCCUGCGGGAUUCCCAGCUCCUUUCUAUUUUUCAGAGAGUAUAUUGAUAUUAUUGAACUAUGUGCAUUGAUCAUAUACAAAUCUACAGGGCUCGGCACUGAUUACCUGCUGGGCCGUCUUUUUUAAUAUAUAAAAUGGUUCUAUAUUUGAACGGGGAAGAGGGGGGGCUUUUACAAUGGAAGUGGGGGAAAUGGACAGGGUGGAAGUGACCUCCCUGGAUUUAUGGGCAGGAUUCAGAGAGCGAUUGGAGGCAGUAGCGCGGUGAUGAGUGCUGAAUUUCCGUCCCCAUGGUGUAGAUUGGGGGAUGCCGUCGCUGCUGACGUUAAUGGAGCAAGAUUCCUGUGUCAGGGAAGGUGGCAUCAGCUGAAUGGGCGUGGGAGGGGGGUGUAAUUGGACGGCAAUUGUUGGCCAAUUAGCGAGAUAACGGGGCCACGGACAACAGACCCCUUUGUGCUUGAAAGGCAGUGUCGUCCGCCUCUCUGGGGUGACCUUCCUCCUUCCCAUAGGGGCGGUUUUGAACUGUCACAAUCAUGUUGGUUUGCACUGGCAAGGUCCCUCGGCUCUGGCCAUCUCUGCCUGGUGCAUCAGCCACUUUGGACGACCUGUGAGACACUGGCGAGGCUCCCAGGAGCGGCUUCCCAGAGACCGAGCUGGGCCAAACCCAUGCACGAGCCAUGCCUGAGCCUGGAGCCAAGCACAGAGAGGUCAGGAGGCUGCCGGGGAAUGGGCUCCGGCGACACCGCAGCUGACACACGCAAACGAUGAGUCGAACACGUGCUGUAAGGCCAACAUGGAUGAGCCAUUAAUAAAACCCAUGCAACACGUGAGUAAACCGCAAGUAGCCCACGUGUAAACCAUAGAUCAAUCACGUGUGAAAAUAGGAGAAAGUCAUGAGUAAGCCACGUGUAAGCCGUGAGUGAACCACAAGUAACUCACGAGCAGAAGACAUGCUGCCGAGUGUUGGCCGUGAGCGGACCCCGUGUGCUCUCUCUGCUGGCUCGCUGGGUUUUCAGAGCUGUUCUCUGCUCUGGGGGAGAGGCCCUGGCCCUGUUUUUACCCCCCUGCGCCUCCCCCACAGGGGUUGCCAGUUGCCGCACCCAAGUGCAGCCACUGUCCCGAAGCUGCAACGUGGGGCGGUUGAGCUGUUUAGCUUCCUGUGGGGCAAGGACGGAGCUGUUGGGGUGGGUGACUGUGGGGGGCCAGUGGAGACCCAGGCCUGGCUGGUGACUGACGUGGUUUGGAGAUUUCCAGCCUGGGGAAUUUAUCUAACCAUGUAUUGACCAUUGGGCCAGAAUGGGGAUUGGAGCCGGGCAUCCAACCAUGCAGUGUGGGAGUGGAUCCCGGGAUCCUACUGUGCAAUGUGGGAGUGGAUCCUGGGAUCCUACUGUGCAAUGUGGGAGUGGAUCCUGGGGUCCCAGGUACCAUGUGGGAGCUGAUGCCGGGAUCCUGUUGUGCCAAACUGGAGAAGAUCCCAGGAUCCUGCCGUGCUGGGGUGGAUCCAAAGGCAGCAGCCCCCCCAUCUGUUCUUCCUCAUCUGUGUCCCUGUCUCUGCCUUGUUAACCCCCCACCCCGUCUGUCCUCCCCCAGGGUGGGAGAGGGCCUGCUCGGCACGACGACUCCCCCCGGUGACCUGCCCUGUAAAUAAAUCUAUUUUUAAACGAU